AUGGCUUCAGCCGAUCUUGCUGCCUUGGAGCCGACGAAGCCCACUCUCACGGUAAGACCUACCAAAGGGGACGAGACUGUGCUUUCACAGGAGAUCGUAUCAGAGGAUGAGUAUGACACCGGUCGUGAACGAGCCAACAGAAAUGCGGGAAAAACCAAGGGGCAUUUCUUUCGUUGGUUCGAUCCUGAGGAUGGACCAUUGGAACGCCGUCUCCUUUGGAAACUCGACUUCUACAUUCUCGCAUUCGCCUGUGCGGGAUAUAUUAUGUUCUAUAUUGACCGAGGAAUCCUUUCGAACGCCUAUGUUAGCGGCAUGAAAAAGGAUUUGAAACUAUACGGAAACGAGCUGGUUCAACUCAACACAGUCUACAGAUGCGGUACAUCAGUAUCGAAUAUUCCAGCGACGGUCUUGAUCACAAAAUAUAGGUCGCAAUAUAUUGUCCCAAGCUUGGUGUUGAUUUGGGGCGUGUUUACAGUGAUGUCUUUCCGUGCUGGAAGUUUUGGAGAGCUUGUGGUUUACCGGCUGUUCGUUGGGCUCGCCGAAGGCCCCUUUUUCUGCUCAAUCGAAUAUGUUCUCGGCAGUUGGUAUCGCGCGGAUGAAAUUGUCCGCCGAGCCGGUAUUUUCUACAUCUCCUCGAGUAUUGGUCAAAUCAUCACUGGGCUUCUGGCUGCACGCAUCUACACCGAUCUCGAUGGUGCAUUGGGGCAUGCGGGCUGGAGAUGGAUGUACCUGAUCGGAGGCCUCAUGGCUCUCCCAAUCGCAUUGUUCGGAAUCUUCACUUUCCCCGGAACUCCGAACCAUGGAAAGAGAUGGGUACUGACAGACGAGGAGUUUGCUCUGGCCAAAGAGAGGAUGGUGGUCGCCGGUCGUAAGGAGCCUGUCGGGUUCAGCUGGUCUCUGGUCAGACGCUUCCUUGGUCGAUGGCAUUUCUGGCUUUUGGUACCGUGGAACGUGUCUUGGUUGAUGGGAUUCCUGUCCGAAACUCAAGGAGUGUACACGUUGUGGCUGAAGAGCCACAAGGCAUACAACACGGCCCAGGUCAAUCGUUUGACGUCAGUUGCACCCGCCAUCGGCGUCAUCACCAUUGCGUUGUUCUCGUUCCUCGCCGACAAGUACGGACCCAAAUCGAGACUUUGGAUUGUUGGCAUUGUUGCCGUAAUCGGUGUCAUCGCUAAUAUGGGGUUCGCGUUAUACGAUCAUACCUCUUUCGCUUACAAAUGGUUCACCUACGCUGAAAGUUACACCGAGGUCUCCUUGUCGAGCUUGCAGUAUUCCUGGGCCAAUGUGAUCUGCAGGGACGACGCUGAAGAGAGAGCAUUCGUCGUCAGUGCUAUGCUCGCCGUUGGAUCAGCAUGUGACGCGUGGGUCCCCAACGUGUUUUUCAAGACCACUGAUUCCCCAAAAUGGGUCAACGGACACAUCUUCCAAGCCGCCACGAUGCCAGUCUAUUUCGGCCUCACAGCGACGGUAUAUUACUUCAACAAGCGUGCUGAAAGGAGGAGAUCCAUCAAGGACAACGAGGGAUGA